AUGGUACGUCAUUUAGGAGGAAUUGAGCAGUAUUUCUAUCAAAGAAGCUCGCUGAACUUACAUUCAUGCUUCUCAGUUGGCGUUGAACUAAAUAGUCUUCCGAAUAGGAGUGAUUUCAUUUGUGCAUUACGGAGAGUUGUAAACUCACACUUCCAGUUAUAUUGUAAUGCUUACAAGAGUAAUAAUGAGGUAGUGGUGAAUCCAAUUGGGGAACCGAUUAAAUUUGAUGAUGUAGUGGAUUAUAUGGAUUGGGAUACUUAUGGUGAAGAGGAAAUUAACAGUGUAUUCCGUAAAUAUAACUUUGAAUAUGGUGUUGAUAAACCCCUGUGGAAGGUAAUAGUAGUCCCAAAGGCUAAUAAAAUGAUAUUUGCAACCGAUCACCUUUUCUUUGAUGGUAUUGCUACGGUUCUGUUUUGGACUGAGUUACUAAAAAGCCUUGAGGAAUUGAAACAAGACAAUGAUCUUGAUGUUGAUGAAAUUAUUUAUAGACCAGGUGGAAGCACAGACUCAAUUGAUCAGUGCCAUCCUUAUGAAAAACUCCCAAUUCCCUUUAGCUGGAAAGUUAAAAGACCUAUCGUUAAAGCUUUAUUCACUAUUGCACCUGGAGCAGUAGUAUCUCAGGAUGCUAGUAUUAUCCAGUUUGAUGAAUAUAAGAUUCCUGAAGAUUAUCUUAAAAAAAAUUCUAAUGAUGACGGUUGUUAUCAGAUCAAGAACACCAAUCGCCAAAUCUCUCUCAAAAUGUCUUCCAAUAAACUAAAAGUGAUAAUGAAAGAUUGUAAGCAGCACCAUGUUUCUUUCACUGCAUAUCUAACAGCAGUUUUGUACCUAGCUUUAGGUAAAAUUCCCAAGGAGAAGUACAGCGGCUCUACUAUAAAAUAUGAAGUACCUAUGAAUACCAGGAAUAGAAUAUCAAAUUCCGGGGAGUAUAGCAACAGCUAUGGUACUUUUGUUGCAGGUGGUGAAUUUAUAGAGACUUUGGACUUUGAGAGAGAUGAAUGGGAAUUGGCUCAAUCAAUACAUAAAAAGAUUGUUGAGAAAUCAACCACAGGCGUUAUGGAUGCCAUUAAUGAGGCACGAUUGCUUGAAUUGGUGGAUGCAAAAAAAUUUAUGAAGAUGAAAUUUGAAACAACUACUGGUCCUAGCUCAACUUUUGAAGUAACAAAUCUGGGUUUUCAGAAUUUUAGUCAAAAUGAGCAUAGCAAGUAUACUGUGACAGAUGCUUUUUUUAAUGAGCCUCAACUGUUUACUAAUCUAAUAACAUAUAGUGUUAUUUCUACGCCUAGCGGAGGGCUAAACUGUUCAAUGGCGUAUCCAGAAAAGCUUGAUAGCAUCCUGUGUAAUUCAGUAGCAUUUCUCAAAAAUAAAUUCAACUGA